AUGCAUUCAGCGGUUCGGAUUGUGGAAGUAGGGCCACGGGAUGGGCUUCAGAACAUCCAGCUAUCGAUCCCGACUGCGACCAAAUUGGAAUUGAUACGCCGUCUCGAGCAGACUGGACUCCGCACCAUUGAGUUGACUUCGGUGGUCUCGCCCCGAGCGGUUCCCCAGUUGUCCGAUUGUCGUCAAGUUCUUCGUAACCCAAGCGUCAAACUACAGUUGGAAAAUUCCCAGCUUCGGCUUCCUGUCUUAGUCCCCAAUCUCAAGGGGCUCGAGAUUGCCAUACAGCACAACGUUCGAGAAAUUGCUGUCUUUAUCAGCGCCUCCGAGGGAUUUAGUCAAGCAAAUAUCAAGUGUACAGUGGCACAGGGUAUUGAACGGGCUACCGAGGUAACCACUAAGGCUUUGGCUGCUAGACUCGCAGUGAGAGGCUAUGUGUCUUGCAUUUUCGCAGAUCCGUAUGACGGUCCUACCCCGCUGCCAGCAGUCCUCCACUGUGUCAAAGCAUUACUGGACGCCGGAUGUUAUGAAAUCAGCCUUGGGGACACAUUGGGUGUUGGAUCGCCUUCCGAUGUGCGCAAAUUGAUUCAGUACCUCGCCGACAACGGCAUUCCAAUCGAUAGGCUAGCUGGCCACUUCCAUGACACCUAUGGCCAAGCUGUAGCAAACGUUUGGGAAGCCUUCAACUGUGGAAUCCGAGUCUUCGAUAGCAGCGUGGCGGGACUUGGGGGCUGCCCAUUUGCACCAGGUGCCAAGGGCAAUGUUGCUUCUGAAGAUCUCGUUUACAUGUUCCAGAACGCCGGGAUUGAAACGGGCAUUGAUCUUGCGAAACUAGUUGAGACUGGAGUCUGGAUAUCCGGCCAACUGUCAAAGGCAAACUCAAGUCGAGCCGGGACAGCUUUAGCAACCAAGGCGCAAGCUGCUAAGGGUCAACCAUUGAGAGUCCCCAAUCCCAAAACCAUGCCUCGCCUCAAAUGGGACCUCGUCUCGGUGACAGAUGGGCUACAGACUUACCGAUCUGGCGUCAAUCUAAAAAUCGUCCUGAACAGACCGAAAAAUGGGAACGCUCUAACAGCCACUAUGCUCGCAGAUCUGACUCGAGUGAUCUCAGACGCCAAUUCCGACCCAUCAACCUCACGCAUUAUCAUAACGGCCAAUGGAAAGUUCUUCUGCACGGGAAUGGAUCUCCGUAAAGACAGCACAGCUGUGGGGGAGGGAGGGUCCAAAAGCGACACCCAGUUCACGGGUCUUAGGCGUCUCUUCGAAACCAUCGACCAAUCCCCCAAAGUGACCAUCGCAGCAGUCAAUGGGCCUGCCUUCGGAGGAGGAGUUGGGCUGGCAUUCUCGUGCGACAUCCGCCUCUUCGCACGAAAUGCCAGCGUGACGCUCAGCGAGGUGAAGCUGGGGCUGUGCGCGGCGACGAUAUCCAAAUACGUGGUUCGUGAAUGGGGGGUUCCAUUUACUCGCGAAGCUAUGCUGUCCGCGCGACCGGUGAAGCCAGCUGAGUUGAAAUCGAUUGGAGUCGUUGCUGGUAUCAGUGAAGACAAGGAGGCUUUGCAAGUGAGUCUUGAUGAGCUUUUGACUCGGCUCAAAAGUGCCUCUCCUCAUGCUUCGAGGAUGUCAAAGGAGCUGGUGAGACUUGCUUGGGCCCAUGCAGGUGCGGAAAGACAAGAUUCUGGGAUCGAGGAUCUGUUUAGGGAAAUGAUGCGGCCGGAUGCAGAUGGGGCACAUGGUGUGAAGGAGUUCCAGGCGAAGAGAACAGUCGACUGGGAUGCCUAUGUUCAGCUACAGGGGAAAGCCAAGCUAUGA